AUGGGUAUUGAAGACCAAGCGACUGUCGAGGAGCCGACGGAGCCUCCUUUAUGUGGCCAAACGAAUGCUCCAAACAAACACUUGCCUGCUGCCACUAAGCAGGAGGACCGACGACAACAUCAUCGUCUCCAAAGCGACACCUCUCGCUCCCUGGUCGACAAUCGACACCCAAAGCCAAACCCAGAUCUAGUCAAUCCCGACGACGAAUGGACCGCCCGCGCCCACAUCCUACAGGUCGCCCAGCUUGCUGAACGCGCCCGCACCGACCUCGAAGAUGGACUCGCUCAGGCCGAGGCGGCUCGACGCCUGGAGCAGGAUGGGCCUAACAAGGUUGAGGGAGCUCAAGGGCUUUCCGUGUGGAAGAUUUUCAUGAGGCAGAUCUCCAAUAGUCUGACCAUUGUCCUACUCAUCACCAUGGUGCUCUCAUUUGCCAUCGACGACUACAUCGAAGGCGGUGUGAUUUGUGCUGUCAUCGUGCUCAACAUCGUUGUCGGACUCAUCCAAGACUAUCGCGCUGAACAGACCAUCAUGUCCCUCUAUGCCCUCUCGGCUCCCACCUGCAAGGUCAUCCGCGACGGACAGCUCGACACCAUCAAGGCCGAGGAGCUCGUCGUCGGUGACCUCGUCUCCCUCAACGUCGGUGACAUCGUGCCCGCGGAUCUGCGCCUCGUAAACGGCCUCAAUCUCUCCACCGACGAGGCGCUCUUGACUGGAGAGUCCCUACCCGUGAGCAAGCACCCUGAACGAACCCUUGACCGUGCCGAUGUGCCCCUCGGCGACCGCAACAACAUGGUCUACUCUGCUAGCACGGUCACUCGUGGCCGCGGCACUGGUAUUGUCACCGCCACCGCCAUGGCCACCGAGGUUGGCAAGAUUGCUCAGCUCCUCCGCUCCACCUCCGGCAAGUCCAGUGACCAGACUCCCCUCGGCCUGCUCUUCUCUCGCCUCAAACAGGCCGUCAAGAGCAUCCUGGGUCUGGACGGCACGCCUUUGCAGACCAAGCUGAGCAAAUUCGCUCUGCUGCUCUUCGGCCUGGCCAUCCUUCUCGCCGUUAUUGUCUUCUCCGUUAGUAAAUGGGAUAUCGACGACGAAGUCCUUAUCUACGGUAUCUGCGUCGGUGUCGCCGUCAUCCCGGAGUCUCUGAUCGCUGUCCUGACCAUCACCAUGGCCGUCGGCACCAAAGCCAUGGCCAGCGGCAACGUCAUUGUCCGCAAGCUCUCGGCUCUCGAGGCCGUCGGCGGAGUGACCAACAUCUGCUCCGACAAGACUGGCACGUUGACCCAGGGCAAGAUGAUCACUCGAAAGGUCUGGCUCCGCGACGGCUCGCUCGCGGUCGUCGAAGGCAGCACCAACCCGGUUGAUCCUGGCAGCGGCAGCGUCGUCUGGGCGAGCAAAGACCGCAACGACGAGAAGAAGGCCAGCAUGGAUGGCAUCCAUCCCAAGGCCGCGCUGUCGUCCCUUGCCGAGAGCUUCCUCCAUUGUAUCUCCCUGUGUAACAACGCGACGGUAUCAGACGGCAAGCCCUCUGCAUCCGAUCUCGACCUUGUCGAGACAUCGACUACCUCGACCGUCCCCACCCCGGAAUGGACCGCCGUCGGUGAGCCCACCGAGAUUGCCCUCGAAGUCUUCGCCAUGCGCUUCAACAUGGGCAAGCAGGCUGUCACGAUCUCGGAGGGCACCCGACUCCUCGCUGAAUUCCCCUUCGACUCGUCUUGCAAGCGCAUGUCGGUCGUCUACGGCAAGCCCGGGGCCUCCGCCGCCACCGUCUUCACCAAGGGUGCCGUCGAGGUUGUCCUCCCUUUGCUCGACGCGUCCGAGGCCGACAAAGCCAUGUGCGCUGCCCAGGCCGAGGUUCUCGCCGCCGAAGGUCUUCGUGUGCUCUGCAUCGCAUCCAAGACCGUGCCUCUGACGCAGACGUUGACGGAGAAGCGCGAAGCGGCCGAGUCGAAGCUCACUCUUCUCGGUCUGGCCGGCCUCUACGACCCUCCCCGUAUCGAGACGGCCGACGCCGUGCGCAAGUGCCAGAGAGCCGGCAUCCAAGUCCACAUGCUGACUGGCGACCACAUCAAGACGGCCACGGCGAUCGCUCAUGAGGUCGGCAUCCUGAACCGCGACAUGUCGACCGCCGAGGCCGCCGUUGCCAUUAUGCCCGCCUCCGCCUUUGACAUCCUGUCCGACGCCGACAUUGACUCGAUGGAACGUCUACCGCUGGUCAUUGCUCGCUGCAGCCCCUCCACCAAGGUCCGCGUCGUCGAGGCCAUGCACCGCCGCGGCGCCUUCUGCGUCAUGACGGGCGAUGGUGUCAAUGACUCCCCCGCGCUGAAGAAGUCGGAUGUCGGUAUCGCAAUGGGUCUCGGCGGCAGCGAUGUCGCCAAGGAGGCUGCCGAUAUGGUCCUUACUGAUGACAACUUUGCUUCCAUCGUCAAGGCUGUCGAGGAAGGGAGACGCUUGUUCGACAAUAUCCAGAAGGUGAGUGAACACGCCGUGAAUGGUUCCAUCUACCAGUUCAUCGCUAACACAAAUAUCCCACAGUUCCUUCUCCAUCUGCUCGUCUCCAACAUCGCCCAGGUCGUCCUCCUGCUCAUCGGCCUCGCCUUCAAGGACACGGAGAACGACUCCGCCUUCCCCCUGUCCCCGCUCGAGAUCCUCUGGGUCAACCUGAUCACCUCGUCCUUCCUCGCCCUCGGCCUGGGCCUCGAGGAGGCCCAGCCGGACAUCAUGCUCCGCCCGCCGCACGACCUGCGCGUCGGCGUCUUCACGCGCGAGAUCAUCAUGGACAAGAUGGCCUACGGCUUCUUCAUGGGCGCCCUGUGCCUCGCGUCCUUCACCUCGGUCGCGUACGGCGUCGGGCCCCGGUCCUUUCGCAGCGGCUCGCUCGCGGGCAACCUCGGCGGCGGGUGCAACUCUGGCUGGAACGGGAGCUGCGACGCCGUGUUCCGCGCGCGCGCCACGACGUACGCGACGCUGAGCUUCCUGCUGCUCGCCACGGCGUGGGAGGUCAAGCACCUGACCCGCUCGCUGUUCAACAUGCACCCGGAGAUCUACAAGGGCCCCUUCUCCGUGUUCCGCACCGUCUGGCGCAACCGCUUCCUCUUCUGGGCCGUGGCCGCCGGCUUCGUCAUCACCUUCCCCGUCGUCUACCUCCCCGUCGUCAACAGGGCCGUUUUCAAGCACGAGAGCAUCACCUGGGAGUGGGGCGUCGUGGUCGGGUGUCUGGUGGUGUACAUUGCGCUCAUCGAGAUCUGGAAGGCUGGGAAGAGGAGGUUUGGUGUCGGUAGGGUUGCGAAGGUUGAGGCUGAUGUGUAA